AUGUGUAUACCGCCGAAUGAACGUCGGCACUCUGACUCUGUAUGGAGGUGUGGUCAAUGCGAUUGGUCUUUCAACAUGGCGAUGUAUCAACUAUUUUCUAAUGAAAAUGAAUUUCUUUUUGAUGACGAAGUAAAUAACAUUAAUGCCUCACUCAUCUACUUUGAGAGGAAGUUUACGUUCAAAGAACUCCACAAGAAGUAUAUACGCAAAUCUUUUGCUAAGAAUCAUGGGUUGAUUGGCAAAAACUACAUCGAUGUUGAGUUUCUCGGUGAUUCUGAAUAUGUUUCCAACGAUGAGAAUAGUGACGAUGCAGUUGACGAUACUGAUUACGAAGAUCUUGGAGACCAGACGUAUGAAUGUCCUUUUUGUGGUUCAAUGAUGUGGUACGGUGAAAGAAUUGACAAGUAUAGACAAACAUCCAGGCCCAAAUUUGGCUUAUGUUGUAUGUCCGGGAAAUUCCAGCUCCCAAAAAUAAGAGAUGCACCUCCUACACUUAACAAUUUAGUGUUUGACACUGAUCGGAGGAGCAAACAUUUCCAAGUUAACGUACGAUCGUAUAAUAUGAUGUUUUCUUUCACGUCGUUUGGUGGAAAAGUGCAGACAUCUAUUAAUAACGGAUCUGGUCCAUACACAUUUCUGUUACACGGACAGAAUUACCAUCUACUGGGCAGUUUAUUGCCGGAAGAGGGCACUAGGCCUAAGUUUGCCCAACUUUACAUUUUCGACACAGAAAAUGAGAUUCAGAAUCGAAUUGAUGCCGUCAGGUCCGGAAAUCAAUCUAACAAUCUUGACCCAGCCUUCGUUGCAUCGUUGAAAGAUAUGAUUGACGGUAACAAUGUACUUGCACAACAUUACCGUGCUGUUCGAGAUCGUUUUUCCAAUGAUGGCCAUCAAGGAGUAAAACUCAGAUUGGUAAAGAGUCGCAGUACUGAUGGCAGGACGUACAAUCUUCCUAACGCAAGUGAAAUAGAAGGCUUGAUCGUUGGUGACUUUGACACACAAGAGGGUGUUAAGGAUAUUGUAGUUGAGACGCGCUCAAAUAAGUUUCAACGAAUCAGUGAGCUCCAUCCUCUUUACUUGCCUCUACAGUAUCCUCUUUUAUUUUCUUAUGGUGAAGAUGGUUAUCGAGACGAUAUCAGUUUGAGAGAAUCUUCAUUUGCUGAUAAUAGAAAACGAAGGAAGUUCUGUGUUGAUGGAUUUUCGAUGGUUGAGUCACAGAGGUUGAAUUUCAUAAGGUUCAAUCAGGAUCAACUUAGGGUUGACAUGUACAAGGGUAUCGAAGAAAAUAUUUUUAAAGGAGACACUGAGGGUAAAUCGGUUGGACAACGCAUUAUAAUUCCAGGGUCGUUCGCCGCAGGUCCAAUGUAUAUGUUUAACAACUUCGUUGAUGCUCUUCAAAUAUGUAACUCGAUUGAAUUUCCAACCCUCUUCAUCACUAUCACAUGCAAUCCCCAAUGGCCAGAAAUACAAAGGGUGUUAAAAGAUACAAAUCUCAGGCCGGCGGAUCGGCCAGACAUUCUGUGUCGUGUGUUCAAAAUGAAGCUCGAUAGUAUGAUGACGGAAAUCAAGAAGGGCCGUAUAUUCGGAUGUAUUAGAGUAUAUGUAUGCACAAUAGAAUUUCAGAAACGAGGUCUACCGCAUGCACAUAUUUUACUGUGGUUGCAUAAUGACGACAAGAUCAUAUGGGCUGAAAUUCCUGACGAAGAAAACGACAGAAAGAUGUACCAGUUGGUGGAGAAGUAUAUGAUACAUGGACCGUGCGGUCAGGCGAAUUUGAAAUCUCCAUGUAUGAAAGAUAGAGUUUGCACGAAGCGAUUUCCAAAGCCGUUUGUGCAGCGCACUGAAUCAGAUACAGAUGGGUUUACAGUGUAUAGGAGAAGGGAAGAUGGCAGAACAGUUACGAAGAAGAAGACUACUCUUGAUAAUGGGUUUGUGGUCCCCUACAAUCAUGGCGGUGCUGAGAUUCGUGAUGAGAUAAAGAUGUACUACGACUGCAGAUAUCUUUCGGCGUGUGAGGCAAUGUGGAGGUUGUUUAACAUUGAUAUUCAUUACAGAGACCCGUCCGUAAUUAGGCUAAGCUUUCAUCUCCCCGAUCAUCAGCCAAUUGUCUUCAAUGAAAACCAGUCGUUACAAAGUGUGUUGGAUAGGCCAUCUGCCAAGAAAACUAUGUUCCUGGCGUGGUUUGAGGCCAACAAGAACUAUCCACAUGCAAGGGACUUGAGGGAUGCAUGUUAUGUGUUGGGUUUGCUAGAUGACGACAAAGAAUACAUAGAUGCAAUAAAAGAAGUGAAUACUUGGGCAUCGGAGGUUAUUUGCGGUUAUGCUGCUUUCCAAUAG